GUGACUGCCAGGAGACUGCGCGAGACGGGAGUGCAAGCUUAGGUUUUCACCGCACUCCACCCUGCCAACCCAGUCGCCAGGUUUUCUACCGGCUGGCCCGGCCCGGGUAGAACCAUUGUCUAGAGAGAGUGACAGAGACAGAGACAGACAGAGCUGUCUAGAGAGGCUUGUACUGAGAGUGUUAGGGGCAGAGGUCAGAGGCUCUAGGGGCGGAGGUCACAGUGGGGGUUGUCCUGCAGAGGCAGGAGGGUCACAGGCGCCACCCAGGCGUACGGAGCGUCGGCCCCUUUCUCCGACCUCUCCCCAACCUACGCCUGUCUCCCAGCCUCGCUUCAUUCACAAAGUCCCAGCACUCAUUCACGCGCUCUGAACGGGCUCCCCGCAAGCUAAGGCCGGGGAAUAAAGAAGGCUUCGAAGGCUCCCUCCGAGCUCGCCGCGCCUCGCACCCGCUCUUUUGUCUCUACUGGAAGAGAGGAACCCAGGCCGGGGCUCCCCUGGCCGGUACGGGGACGGGGUAGUGCCCCCCAGCCUCCGAGCGCUGCGCGCGGCCGCCGGGAGGAGGCGAGCCGCCGGAUUUGCCCAACCCCAGGAAAGCGAGCGCGGGGGCGGAGAGGAGUCAGAGAAGGGGAAGGAGGAGGAAGACGGGAGAGCUUGCGAGCUUAGACCCGGAGACGCAGGAAAGGGCGGGAGGCAGAGAGCCAGCGCUGGCGAAGCGGGAACGGCGCUUACUAGUGUUAGAAAACUAAGGCACACUCCGGACGCAUGCGCACGGCCAAUGGAGGCCAGACGGCCCGAGCUUCCCCUCCAGCUAGUCCGGAGGACCCCAGCCUGCCUGUGGGAUCCGAGCAGACCGAGAUGCGGAUGCGACAGAUGUGCAGCGGAAGUGAGACCCAGGGUUCCAUCCCGAGCCAGCAGGGAAUGGGCAGCCGAGGCUCCAAUGCUUGCUGCUUUUGCUGGUGCUGCUGUUGCAGCUGCUCUUGCCUCACUGUCAGGGGCCAAGAAGACCAGGGACCCCAAAGAGCCUCCCACGAACUCAGAUCAGACAUCCCGGCGUGGGAAGAAAGCCCCGCACCCACCCUGGAAGAAGUCUGCGCCUGGGCCCAGUCAUUUGACAACCUAAUGGUCACUCCAGCUGGCAGAAAUGCAUUCCGGGAAUUCCUUCGAACAGAAUUCAGUGAAGAAAACAUGCUUUUCUGGAUGGCCUGUGAAGAACUGAAAAGGGAAGCUAAUAAAAGCACUAUUGAGGAGAAAGCAAGGAUAAUAUAUGAAGACUACAUUUCCAUUCUCUCGCCUAAGGAGGUCAGCUUGGACUCCCGAGUGCGAGAGGUCAUCAACAGAAACAUGGUGGAUCCAUCCCAACACAUAUUCGAUGACGCUCAGCUGCAGAUUUACACCCUAAUGCACAGAGACUCCUACCCCCGGUUUAUGAACUCCGCAGUCUAUAAGGAUUUGCUGAAGUCCUUAGCUGAGAAAGCAGUAGAAGCAUAGGUGGCUUCAAAUCUAUUUAUUAUUAACAAAACAAGAACAUAACUCAUGGACUACAUCUAGCACAGGGAAUUUAGAGAUAGGAUGUCUUGUGCUAGAGUCAUUCUUGGACUGUUGUAAUAACAGAUUCUUCCUCCACAGAGAGCUGUAGAUUCACAGUAGAAACUGUCAGAGAAAAGGUGUAUGACUGCCUUAGAAAGAUAGCACACUCACAUUUACAGUAACAAUAGCAUGUUCUAAAGGGCAGGGCAUGUACUAGCCUCUGUUCUGCAGCAUAGACACACAGAGAGCAAAUGGAAACACUGUUUUGCAUGACUUCAGUACCGUAUUACCCUCCAAAGAAAAGGCAUUCAAGUCUUUCUCCACUAUCUCUUCCUUCAGUUUGAAUACUUCACUUAGGACCAUGCCAGGAUUGGGUCAGAUUUCAUGAAGAUGUGACUAUUCCUUGUAAAAAUGGUAGCCCACCGUGUGUGUGUGUGUGUGUGUGUGUGUGUGUGUGUGUGUGUGUGCGCGCGCGCGCACGCACAUCUGUUGUGGCUGAUAGAAUACACCAUGUGCUUGGUGGGUCACUCUCAAGUGUUUGCUAAGUGUUGCUAAGCAAUGCUUCAAUGAUUCUUCAGUCAAAGAGCAAAGAUAUUAUCAAAAUCUACCACCAUGAAGAAUGAACUUUGAAGUGUGUAGCUUGUCAUGGUCACAGACCCUCAAAUAGGCCUAUUAGAAUUUUUAUUGAAAGAAAUGUGGUUAUUUUCACUCGGAAGAAUAAAACCUAAGAGUUUUC